AUGGCUUAUUUAGCUAGUGCAAGUGACUUAUCAACAAUAUACGAAGUUAAUGAAACAUAUGCAUCUAUGGCCUCAGCACGGCCAUUACCCGAUAGCUUUAUAGAAAAAAGCAUUGAAAUAAUCAUAUCAAAAGCAGUAAUAAUUGAAGAAAAUGCAUUUACCAGAUAUGCGCUCUACACAAUAACGGGAAGAGAUAGUUCAGGACCAUUUGAAGCCUCCCGAAGAUAUAGUGACUUUUUAGCUUUGAGAAAUCAAUUACUAUAUCGAUGGCCUGGCUGUUUUGUCCCUCCAAUUCCUCCUAAAAAAAUUCUAGGAAACCUUACAAGUAAUUUUAUCGAAUCUCGAAAAUCUUUACUUCAAAGGUUUUUGCAGAGAAUCUCACAGAUAACUUUUUUAUAUACAAGUGAAGAGUUCCAGAUGUUUAUUAGAGGCACGUCAGAUUUUGAAGUGAUUAUAAAAAAUUUAAAAGUGGCGACAAGAGAUAUUAUGAUUGUAUUUCAUAGUUUGUUCUGUGAGUUCGUUGAUGCUGAGAUUACUGAUGAAAUUAGAGUAAAAUUGGUUGAAUAUGAUAAUUUUUUGAAAAAUAGCUUGGGGCUGUUUGUAGAGUUUGCGAAAGCAGUUAAAAUGAUAAAAGAACAGUUUGAGAGGUUUAAACGGCAUUUUUUGGAUGUAAACUGCAAAAUUAAAGCUGUAGAAAAAGAGUACAUAAUGAAAUUGCAAGAAAGCGAAAUGCAAAUUGAUAAUGCACAAGUUAGGUUUGCAAUUCCAAACCCUUUUAAAGAGCUUCACUCCUGGGCUAAAAACGAAAUUGCUGACAUCUCAGCUAUGCUAAAUACAAUUUCGAUUUGUCAUUCGUUUGAAAACCGAAAAAAAAAGCUUGAAAGGAAGCUCUCUCUAGAAAAUAAAUUAGUCAACAAAGCACAAAAAGGUAUUGACAAUAUAUGAAAACAAAUGGCUCAUAUCACCAAGAAAUACCCCGAAGACCCCGAGCUUAAGAAAGCUCGAAUUAAAUCAGAAAUCGAAGAUAUCACACAAAUUUUGAAAAUAAUGACGGCUAGGCUGUGCGAAGAAGAGUUGCCUGUGUUCAAGGCAGAAAGGGUGAAAGCAUACGAAGACAUGAUGGCAUUGUACUCAGAGCUGACUCUUGAAGGUUUUACACGAAUAUCAGAAUCAGCUAUGAGGGUGCAUAUAGAAAUGUUAGAUAAUUAA